ACACGUGUUCGCCUGAUUCAACUAAGUGCAGACCAAGAUGAUUACAUUCCUAGAGUCUAACCGUGGCAGCACAUACGUGUGGUUGAAAUGCACGCUGUGCACUGUGUGUGUCCUGCUUUCUGGAUACAUGUCCGAUUUGAUUCCAGGUGUUCCUGUUGCUAUCAACUUUUGUACCAGCCACUGCGAUACCCCAUAUCACUUGGGAAACGUGUUUCGACGCACCGAGAAAGACAACCUUUCUUCGACCGGAAUUGCUUCAAGCUUUGUCAACAAUCAUCCACGUGACUUCCUGGAUCUGUCAUUUAUACCAGCUUGCACCGUCGACUACUUGGGAUCAGGAGCCGGCAUCUCCGGUAUGUUUGCUUAUGUACCUAUAUUUUCACAGGGUAGUGAAAUAUUUUGUACGAAUCAACCCCGUUGGUUACUAGUUCUGCCGGCUCCUCCUCCUUACGGUCUAGUCAGUAACAAACGACGACCUUGUUGCGCCAAUAUUCUGAUAGGCAUGAUGUCCUAUGCAUUGUUCAGUAUUAGUAUCAGUGUGUUGCCGCUUGUACCGGGUAUUUUUUCGUUUGUUCUGCCUUCGUUGUUAAUCCCAAAUAAGUUCGCAAGUCUUCUAUAUGCUUUCUUCUGUGUGCUCUUGUUGAUCUUAUCGGGAUACGUUGAAUUGAACCCUGGCCCAAUGGAUUCUGAAAAGUUGGACAGGUUACAAACAAUGAUUGAAACCUUGUCAACUAAUGUGACCAAACUCCAGCGUGAGAAUUCUCUCAAAUUACAUGGCAUAUCUAAGGGUGUCACAGAUCUUUCUACACACAUCGAAAAGCUUGAAAAUACUGUUACGGCAAUUAACGAAUUGAAAGCGGAUAUAACGAAGAUUUGUGGAGUAAUGAGUGGCAUACAAGAAGCGUUGCCCGCCAUCAGGACUGACGUCAAGAGGUGUUUCUCCAGCAUAGAUAGUUUUAAGAAUAGGAUGCGUCGUCAUAAUCUGAUAUUUAAGGGAAUACCCGAACAACCCUUUGAAACAUGGCAGGAGACUGAGAAUAUCCUCUCUAAGUUCAUCAGUGAGCAUCUCGGGAUGCAGUUGGGCGAGGUUGAGAGAGUGCAUGGAUUAGGGAAAACAACACGUGAUGGAAAUCCUCAACCCAUUAUUGCCAAGUUUUGUAACUACAAGCAAAAGGAAGCAGUUCUUAAAUCCGCCCCUAAGCUCAAAUACGUAGCGUCUCCAAACGUUUGGAUUGAAGAAGACUUCUCAGCACACACUAGGAAGAUUAGAAAAGAACUUUGAAAAGAAAGAGACUUUGGCAAAAGCUUUCGUGAUGUUAAUAAAAAAGUGCGCUUAUUUUUUCGACAAACUAUACGUUGAUGACUCGGUAUACAUUUUUGAUGAAGCUUUGAUGAAGGUAUGCAAUAAUCCACGUAUUACUAGUUCGCCUGCGAUUUCUAAUGAUGUUUGACAGUUUAGAAACACUCUCACAGAGUUGUCUUUCCUUGUAUUGAAUUUUCGAAGUUUGUUGCCAGUUGAAGAUGUUGUGUUGUCACUGGUAGAGUCAUGUGCUGCGAAUGUAAUAAUAAUUGGGACAGAAACCUGGUUAAAUAAAGA